AUGCUGUCAAUGGGCAUUUGCAGAGUUUUGAGUAGCAGCUGGGCAGCCCAAAUCCAUGUGGUACCCAAGAAGAAGAAGAAGAAGAAGAAGAAGAAGAAUGUAUGGUGUCCAUUUGGCAAUUACCAGCAGCUUGAUGCGAGGACCAUCCCGGAUUGUCUAGGCCUAUUAUCAGUUGCCAUAGAAGAUAUCCAACGGACAGCAGUUACAACACCUUUAGUCUUCUGUUAUGUUUAUAUAGAUGACAUUUUGGUGAUGGAAGAAAAACAUUUACAUCGCUUGGCUCCUAUAUUUGAUCAUUUAUGCACACAAGGCUUAGUAAUGGAUCCUUCAAAGUGUACAUUUAGAGCAAGGGAAGUGCAGUUUCUGGGUUACACGUUAGAUGUGCAUGGUAUUCACCUGCUGCAAGAUAAUGUGGAAACCAUAAACAAGUACUGUCAUCCAAUUACAAUCUGA